CUAUGCUCCUUGGUGUUCAGCUUGCCAACAGAUGGAGUUGAUAUGGGAGAGUUUUGCAAAGGAGAGUGAACAUCUAGGUAUCACCGUGGGAAAGGUGGACGUCACUCAAGAACCAGGCUUGAGUGGUCGUUUCUAUAUCACAACACUUCCUACAAUUUACCAUGCAAACGAUGGAGUAUUUCGCAGAUAUCGAGGCUCACGAACAUUGGAAGAUCUUCAAGGUUAUGUUUUAGAGAGAAAAUGGGAAGCUGUGGAGCCCGUAGCAGGCUGGAAGUCUCCAUCUUCUAUAAUAAUGCAUGGUAUGGCAGGGCUAUUUAACCUCUCUGGAUGGAUCAGGCAAAUUCAUAGCUACCUCACUGGCACUCUUGGGAUUCAUGUUUGGAUUUCUUACUCAAUCUUCAUCUUAGCUAUCUUACUGAUCGGCCUGUUCCUGGGUUUGAUACUGGUUUUGAUUUCAGACUGCCUUUGCCCCUCCAAGUCAAGAUACAGAGCUGAAACAUCUGAAGCAAUUACGAAGGAUAAUGUGGAGAACGCAGCAUUGGAAGAACCGGAGGAGGCUGCAGAGCUUUCCGCGGAUGAUGCGGAGGAGACUGCGGAAGAAACUGCGGAUGAUGGGGAAGAGACUGCAGAUGUGAAAGAUCUCUCAGAUGGAGAAGAUGUGGCAAAUUCAAGUGCUGAUGACUCAGAGGAGGAUUUGGCACUUGGAAAAGAAUCAGGGGAAAAAGAAAUGGAAGACUUAAGUGAACAACAGCCUGUAGCUGGUUCAGAGACUGAAAGCUCAGUAAGACAGCGUAAGAGCCAGGUGGCUGAUCAGGAACUGUAG